CUGGUCCUUGUCUACGACCUUCUUUUUGCGUGUUAACGAUGUUAAUUAGACCUAAAGUCGCCGGUUGGCGGACUUGUACCGUCACCCAGCGGUUGAUAGUGAGAAAGGAAAACUGAACAGUUUUUGAUCGACAUUUGAAGCAAACGGAAGUUAAACGGGAACAGACAAAUAGUCUAGAUCUAGAUCAACUGAUAAACAAAAAUUUAUAAACAAAAAACAAACAGUAGAUCUAGCAGUGAGCCAAGUGAAAAUGGCUGCUGCUGUGGCUUCAAUUUUGAAAUAUUUGGAAAAUAACAAUCAGGAUUACCCGAUGGAUCAGAACAUCGAAAUACCGCAUCAGAGGGCGAAAAAAAGGAGACUGGACCAUCUGACAUGGGAGGAAAAAAAUACAACGGAAGAAAUUGAAGAACCGUGUGGCUGCCCAGACAUCUCGAGACAGGAAAAAAGCAAAAAUGGAACAAAUGGAGAAUGCUAUCCAACAAUUGUUCUCGAAAACGAGUCCCUGAUGGCAGAGUGCGAAAGUCUCAAAUUGGAUAACCAGCGAUUGUCUCAGGAGAAUCAGGAGUUGUUCAACAGGCUGAGAGCGCCCUGUGUUAGCUGCAGUCAAAACCGGUCUGUCGCGUGCGAGGCUCCCGGAUCGACAGCAUCCGCCUGCCCGACCUCCUCGUCGGCGCAGGACCGCCUCCAACAGAGAGGCGGAGCCACGCACUCAGCAGCGGCUUUGACGGCCACGCCCACAGCGGCGCCAGCCACGCCCACAAUCACUCCUCGCUCCGCUCACCUGUUGCGUGCCCUCUCCCGGACCAUCCUUCUGACAUGCCUUCUCUGCCGGACCUCUUCGACGAGUUGGAAUGCCACCAGGCGACCGGGACGGGCGGCAACGGGCCGCCCAUCGACGGGGCGGAACUCGAACAGCUCGCGCAAAGCCUACUUAGGGACAUCGCCAGGGAUCUUGAGGCAGCUGCACAGAAGGUUGAAUGUCAUGAAUCCGAAGGAAAUCGACAAGAUAGUGAUCGAGAAAUGGUGGGGUCGACAUCAACGCAGCUGGAACCCAGUGGACGUGAAAUCUUAGAUCAGAAUCAUCCUACUUCUGAUGUCGCGUCGCCCUCAGACCAGGCGCAGGUCGUCGAGUCCAAAGAGUUGGAACACGACAUCUCAGAAUAUCUGCUACUCCACCAUAAUUAUGCCGCAAAACCCCCAACCAAGAAACAGAAGACAUCCCAGACAAAAUUCAAAGCUAUCAGACCAAAAAUUGACAAGUCGAGGUCAAACCACAAGUCUUUAGCAUCAAAGAAAAACGACUCUCAGGAUGUGAUCUAUGGAACUUUGGAUGAUAACACCAAUGUGAUCACUAUCUUCGUUGAUGAGAAUGGUCAGCCGAUCAACGAGAAUAUCACUGAUGUGGUUAUAGAAGAUUCAAGGAGUUCUGACGACAGUCAAAUGGCAUUGAAAGAAAAAAAUACGUUAAAGGUUCCAUCGGAAUAUAAACCAAGUGCUUCUCCAGUUUCAGACGUAGGUUAUGAAUCGCUGGGUUCGCCGAAUAGCAUUGUUGAAGACAUUUGGGAUCCUUGCGUUUCAGAGCUCUUCCCUUCUUUGAUGUAAUAAUAUUGAAAACAACUCCCAAUUAUUUCAAAACUUCCAAAGAUUUAGUCGGUGAAAGUUUGCCAGAUUUUAAAUGUUUCCAAACAUGUUUUUGGACUUAAGACAUGCGAUUGAGAUUCUCAUCUGACAAUACUGGAUAAAAACCUAGUUUUAGUUCAAAAUGAUACUAAACAGUAUUUUGGAGGAACUCUGAGACGCUGGUGUCUCUCAAGUGCUUCCUUAAUGUUGAUUUUAAGUGAGGUUAAGUUAUUCUGUUCAGAUUUUUCUAGUAUCCAUGGUGAUAUAAUUUUUGUUCGUGCCGAGUUUUGUCGCAUUGUAGACAGAAAUCGGCUGUUAAAACAAAAAUCUGAGAUCACUGCGUGAAAUAUGAGUUCUGAGAAUCAGAUUAAGUUGACUUAAUUUAUUUUUGUAUUUGACGCAACUUUUUAUACAUAGAUUCUUUAUUUAGCAUAAUAAAGUGUGAGUAGUAGUUUAAA